AUGGAAGAAAGUGCAUCAAAGCAGGUGUGGUCCGACUACAGCGAGCCGGCCACGCGCGCGCCGAUCUGCGUCACCUCGUGUCGCGGGGUGGGCUCGUGGCGCGAGCACCAGGCGUUCGUGGUGUCGGCUGAGCUGCGCGCCGUCGGAGGACACACGGUGGCCGUCACGGGAGAUCAGAAGGGCGACGUCAAGCUCUGGGACGCCCGGCGGCCCUCCUCCGUCAGGACGUUCCACACCGUCUCCGACGUGAUGACCAUGGCUGUGCACCCCACCGCCGACCUGCUGGCCUGCGGGUCGGUGAACCAGUACAUAUCGCUGUACACGCUGACGGGCGAGAGCCUCAACACCAUCCGCUACCAUGACGGCUUCAUGGGACAGCGCAUCGGGCCCGUCUCCUGCCUGGCGUUCCACCCAGUGCGGGUGGCGUUGGCGGCCGGCAGCACCGACUCGCUGGUCUCCGUGUACGGGCUGCCGCGCAGCUGAUGGGCCUGGCGCCGGCCGCUCGCCGCCGGCCCUCGCCCGGCCGAGCCUCGGUCGGCGCGUCUGCCGCGCAGCUGAUGGGUGUGCCGGCACGGGCGCAGGGGCGCCGCGACUGCGCCGCGACGCCGUCACCGGACGCCGCUCGACGCAGGGGGUGUGAGGCCGCGUGCAGAGUUACCGGGCCGCGGAGCCGGCCUGCGGGCGGCGGCGGCCGGUAUUUUAUCGGGAUGACCUCGAGCUUCAAGCCCCGCACCACUGAGGCAACUUACUCGUUUUGCUAGGGUACUUGUGCGCGCGCCAGGGGUCAGGCGGGAGCGGCUAGAUGCUGUCAUUGUGUCCACAUGUUCAGAUUUGUGUAGUUACGGCGUCUUGCGCGGUUUCGCGUUCGUGCACUGCCAUCUGCUGGUGACCGUGCGAAGUGAGUGGGCCCGUCGAGCGGCGCCUGCUGCCACGGCGGUGCGUCUGGUCGUGAUGGGGCCUGCCGGGGCGAGGCGCCUCUUGCCACGAUGGUGCCUGCUGAGGCGGCGCCUCUUGUCACGAUGGUGCCUGCCGAGGCGGCGCCUCUUGCCACGAUGGUGCAUCCCAGGUCCGUCAGUUGGGUGGACAUGGUCGGGCUGUAAGAUGGCUGUCGUAAAGUGGCCGCCACCAGCGUCCCGGCGAGUGCUGCGACGAGUUGCUGGGGGCUUUGCGCGGGGCUCCCACCAGCUGAUGUCGCAGCACGGUGCAAUUACGUGGCAGCGCAGUGUAAUCGCUUUGGUGUAUUCGCGCUCCGUGUCGUGCAUUAUACAACCUUGUGUGUCGGUCCGGUAGCUGCAGCGUUUGACACUACGUGUGGUACUAUGAUGCUUGCUUCUGCUGCCACUCCGUUAUUUGUGUUGUCCCGUCUGUCCCUCCGUUGCCAGCUGCCUCGACCAGUGUUACCAGCGACCAGUUGCUAGCAUCAACUGCUUCAACCGUUGCCACGACGUUUGAGCCAUCUACGGGUGUCCGCGAGCGCGGCUGGCGUCGCGAUGCUCCCACGCAUUUGGCGGAGCAGGGCGCGCGGUUUGCCAUAAAUCGGAUUCACCGCGGCGUGGGGCGCUGUGGCGCUCGUGCUCGCCUGCCUUCUGCGCUGUGCGGAGGCUGCGUACGGACACCAAGCCGUCGGAGUGCGCGCCCUGUGCGCCCGAGCUUGCCGUCGGACGCGUACCCACCGGCUUGUGAUUUUUUGGAGAAGGGUCGUCGACGCUUUGGUUCAUGUGAAAUUCAAAAAGCUAGCCACAACACAGUGUGUGAUUUUUUUUAGAAAAGUGCUGUUAACAUCGGACAGCAAAUGCAGAUUUUCUCCAUAGACCGCGACGCUUCGGCGCGACGGAAGCCGCCGCAGGGCGGGGCCCGGCGUUGCCGCUGCGGAGUCAGCCAGGUGGUCUCGACCUGGCUGGUCUACGACCAGUUCCAUGGGGCCUUGUGAGGCCAGAGUUGGGAUCGGUAGAGCCUCUGUCCAGGCCGGAUCUGAGGAUUGCAUUACGGUCUUCUGAGAACAUCUGUGUAUGCUGUCGGAUCUUGAACCGGCCUCAAAAAUGGCGACAGACGACCGCCAAAAACGCAAUGGGGUUUGACGUUUACACCAGGCAUGGACGCCGGGCGUGCCGCGACCUGGGCGUCACAGGGACGGCGCAGGGUCGCGCGGCUUGGCAGGCGCUCAGCGGCGCCUCCGCCGGCCGCGCGAGCGACUCAAGUGCCUCCCGGGCUGUCGACACGCGUCAAUUGUGGAAAUAUACGA